GGCGGCGCGGGGAGGCCGGAGGCAGCGGGGCCGGGCGCACGUCUAGGGCUGCGGCCACCGCGGCAGGCACGGCCAGCGGGCUGCGGGCCCGGGAUCGCGGCGGCUGGACGGGGCUGGAGCUGUCGGGAGGGCGGAGGCCUGGCUGGGUGCUGAGCAGAGAGCAGCAGGCAGAAGAGGCAGGGUCCCAGUGAGGAGGGGAGCUGGAAGGACCGCUACAGGGCCUGCAAGGAUGCUGGCUGUCCCGGAGAUGGGCCUGCAGGGUCUGUACAUCGGCUCUAGCCCGGAGCGGUCCCCAGUGCCCAGCCCACCCGGCUCCCCAAGGACCCAGGAAAGCUGUGGCAUUGCCCCCCUCACACCCUCGCAGUCUCCAAAGCCCGAGGCCCGAGCCCCCCAGCAGGCCUCCUUCUCUGUGGUGGUGGCCAUUGACUUCGGCACCACAUCUAGUGGCUAUGCUUUCAGCUUUGCCAGUGACCCUGAGGCCAUCCACAUGAUGAGGAAAUGGGAGGGCGGAGACCCGGGCGUGGCCCACCAGAAGACCCCGACCUGCCUGCUGCUGACCCCAGAGGGCGCCUUCCACAGCUUUGGCUACACCGCCCGCGAUUACUAUCAUGACCUGGAUCCCGAGGAGGCCCGGGACUGGCUCUACUUCGAGAAGUUCAAGAUGAAGAUCCACAGCGCCAUAGAUCUCACCUUGAAGACCCAACUAGAGGCAGUAAAUGGAAAGAAGAUGCCUGCCCUGGAGGUGUUCGCCCAUGCCCUCCGCUUCUUCAGGGAGCACGCCCUUCAGGAGCUGAGGGAGCAGAGCCCAUCGCUGCCAGGAAAGGACACUGUGCGCUGGGUGUUGACGGUGCCUGCCAUCUGGAAACAGCCGGCCAAGCAGUUCAUGCGGGAAGCUGCCUACCUGGCUGGACUAGUGUCCCGAGAAAAUGCAGAGCAGCUACUCAUCGCCCUGGAGCCCGAGGCCGCCUCAGUAUACUGCCGCAAGCUGCGCCUGCACCAGCUCCUGGACCUGAGCAGCCGGGCCCCAGGCGGUGGGCGCCUGGGUGAGCGCCGCUCCAUCGACUCCAGCUUCCGGCAAGCUCGGGAGCAGCUGCGAAGGUCCCGCCACAGCCGCACGUUCCUGGUAGAGUCGGGUGUAGGAGAGCUGUGGGCAGAGAUGCAAGCAGGAGACCGCUACGUGGUGGCCGACUGCGGUGGAGGCACCGUGGACCUGACGGUGCACCAGCUGGAGCAGCCCCAUGGCACCCUCAAGGAGCUCUACAAGGCAUCUGGGGGCCCUUAUGGUGCGGUGGGCGUGGACCUGGCCUUCGAGCAGCUGCUGUGCCGCAUAUUCGGCGAAGACUUCAUCGCUACCUUCAAAAGGCAACGGCCGGCCGCCUGGGUGGAUCUGACCAUCGCCUUCGAGGCUCGCAAGCGCACGGCUGGCCCGCACCGUGCCGGCGCGCUCAACAUCUCGCUGCCCUUCUCCUUCAUUGACUUCUACCGCAAGCAGCGGGGCCACAAUGUGGAGACCGCUCUGCGCAGGAGCAGCGUGAACUUUGUGAAGUGGUCCUCACAGGGGAUGCUCCGAAUGUCCUGUGAAGCCAUGAACGAGCUCUUUCAGCCCACCGUCAGCGGGAUCAUCCAGCACAUAGAGGCUCUGCUAGCGCGGCCAGAGGUGCAGGGUGUGAAGCUGCUAUUCCUGGUGGGCGGCUUCGCCGAGUCGGCGGUGCUGCAGCACGCGGUGCAGGCGGCGCUCGGCGCCCGCGGCCUGCGUGUCGUGGUCCCGCACGACGUGGGCCUCACCAUCCUCAAAGGCGCGGUGCUGUUCGGCCAGGCGCCGGGCGUGGUGCGGGUCCGCCGAUCGCCACUCACCUACGGCGUGGGUGUGCUCAACCGCUUUGUGCCUGGGCGCCACCCGCCCGAAAAGCUGUUGGUUCGCGACGGCCGCCGCUGGUGCACCGACGUCUUCGAACGCUUCGUGGCCGCCGAGCAGUCGGUGGCCCUGGGCGAGGAGGUGCGGCGCAGCUACUGCCCGGCGCGUCCGGGCCAGCGGCGCGUGCUCAUCAACCUGUACUGCUGCGCGGCCGAGGAUGCGCGCUUCAUCACCGAUCCCGGCGUGCGCAAGUGCGGCGCUCUCAGCCUGGAGCUUGAGCCAGCCGACCGCGGCCAAGACACCGCCGGCGCGCCUCCCGGCCGCCGCGAGAUCCGCGCCGCCAUGCAAUUUGGCGACACCGAAAUUAAGGUCACCGCCAUCGACGUCAGCACCAAUCGCUCCGUGCGCGCCUCCAUCGACUUUCUUUCCAACUGAGGGCGCGCCGGCGCGGUGCCAGAGCCCUUGGCCCGGUCCCAGAGCCCUUGGCCGGGUCCCGCCCUCUUUCGGUCCAGGGGCCAGCGGAGCGGGGUGGGGCGGGGCGGGGAGGGGAAAAUGAUGGUUCUGGUGUCUACGCCUCUUUCCCCGCCCUCCGGCCCGAGGAGAUGAGGUCAUGGGUGGGUCUGUGGGGACACACCCACGCUUUGGGAUUGGGACCUGGUCCGCUGACCGCGAGGCUGAAGGAACCCGCCAGGGACUGAAUGGGUAAGGGUGACUGAGAAGAGGUUUGCCAGGCGGAGCGCGCAGCCCGACAAGGGGCAUGUGACCCCGAAAUUAGAACACAACAGAAGAUGGAGUCCUGGCCUGAACUUUGCGGAUAGGGGGGUGGGGAUGGGAUGUGGGUAGGAGUAGGCUGAGCAAGGCAGGAAGGAGGAGGCGCAGGAGGAAGGAGGUUGUGCAGGGCCUGGACCUGCAUAGCUGGAGUUCACUCUCUUAUGGACUCAGCCCGAACCCCGAGCCAGGCAGAGGAACCCUGUGCCGUAGGAAAAUGCCUGGAAGUGGACUCCGGAAGGACAAGUGUUGUAGCACAUUCCUGGGGGUGGUGCUGACCACCUAAGUAUGACUGUUAACUGUAGACAGGGCAGUAGGUCACUAAUGGGGAGGUGGGAACAUUGCUAUGGUGGAGGCAAUUAUGAGGGAUGUGUGGGUAGCAUUUCCUUCAAGACAAAACACCCAUCUGGGAAGGUCCCAAGGGCAGCUUACGAAAUACCCCACUUGCACCCCACCCCAGCCAUGGAAGGACAGCUUGAGGGUGGAUGGGGAGGCCAGAGGGAGAAUGAGGGGUGGUCCCAGCUCUGCUAUUGACUCUGUGCCUUUAGGAUAUUCUCUGACCACCCAUGGGCCUGUUUUCCAAAAAGUGUGAAACGUUAGGCCCUUCCCUCCGACUGUGACAUGCAACAGCCCCACCUGCCUGAGAGCCCUAAGGUGACAAUAAAACAUUUAUGCUCAAGGGGAA